AUGAGCGCGAACGGGGGGGCGCUGGGGCCCAUGGUGCACGCGCGCGUGCACGUGCUCACGAACGACGGUCGACACGUCGUGGGAACGCUCCGGGGAUUCGACCAAGUGACGAAUGUCAUCCUGGAGGAUUGCGCCGAGCGCGUGUACUCGAGCGAGUCGGGGGUGGAGGAAGCCCCGCUGGGCGUGUACAUGAUUCGAGGCGAUAACGUAGCGCUCGUGGGACCGGUGGACGAGGAGCUGGACGCAAAGUUAGAUUUGUCGGGAACGCGGGCGCUACCGCUGAAACCGAUAAAGUUUUAG